AUGUUGAGAUGCUUUGGGAGCCCGUCUCAAGUGAGACCGGAGAACGAGCAAACAGAGGAGGAGCUCGAGAAAGCAAAGAAAAAGAUCUCGGAGCUGGAAGGGAAGCUGACGAGUUUGGCAAGAGAGAAAAAAGAGCUUCAGCUGGCGCUCCAGCAGGCGACUGUCAAGAACGCACCUGCCAGGCCAGAGAAUGCUCGAGGAUGGGAGAACGGAAACUAUCAGACCUCGCACGACAGCAAGUUCGCAGUGAACAAGUUAGAAGUUGUGGGGGGCGAUGGGAAGCCUCAGGCCAUGUUAGGAAAGAUCGAGGAGAGAGUGCAAGAAGGAACAAGUAUAUUGGGAGAGGAGCUGCUGAGGGACAAGACGAAUGCCGAGCAGAUAUGUGAUGCUUUGGCAUGGCUCAGAUUUUAG